GAAACUCGCGCUCUACAGUAUGCCGUGCCAGCAAACUGUCUACUCAUUGGUGCGUUAUCAUUACUGAUACCCACCGGACCGUUAUCAGCCGCUAUGAUGCUUGACGCAUUCCUGCUGGCUAUGGCUGCCAUCGGUAUCACCGGCCAUGCUGCCGUGCUUAUUGUGCCAAAUAUGGCUAUCAAGACGUUUCUUCUGCUCAUAAUGUUGUUCAUAGGAUGUGUAUCGAUUGAUACAUUUCAUGCUCAUUAUAUCAAGGAAGCUGCCGGUAUUAUCGGAGAAGCUGAGCGUCCUCCUUCGUACGCCUACUGUAUUUCCCAUUCCACCCCGUCGAUGUGCGUCUCUACCGAUGAGCUGCCAUCAUACGAAGAAGCUGUACGUAGGAGCAGUGUGCAGAAGCCGACGUGUUCGUCGGCACCUCUUCCACGAUCUGCUCAACUGCCAUGUUGUUCGAACAUCGAAACCACCGUUACCGUCAACGACGGCUGCGACCACCACCUGUUCGUCAACUCGACGGGGUCCUCGACUGAUGAAAUCGGAAACGUUUCGACAUCAUUCUCGUCCGAUGACUUCAUCUCAAGCCGUUCAAACGUCGGCAAUGAUCUCAGCGGGAAUCGCGAAGUCACAUCGAUCGUCUCGACCGCAACGAGUUGUGGCGAUUCAGAUCGAGAAUCCGCAAAACACCGCUGA